AUGAAGAGUUUGACCAUUCUAAAUCAGCAUAAUCAACAAUCAUGUGAUUCACCUCGAUCGCUCAUGUCAGACGUUAUCGAUAGUAGUUCAAACACAAGUACAAUUGAAUCAAGUCGUAGUUCAAAAUCAAUCCUUCAAUUAAUCACAUGUCCAAUUUGCCUUGAAAUUUUUCGUGAACCAUUGCAACUUCCAUGCCAACAUACCUUUUGUAAAUCAUGUCUAGAACGAAUAACAGAUGAUCGUUGGGGUCGAUGUCCUGUAUGUCGUGGAUGUUAUCGGGUACCAUUCGCUGGUGUUGGUUCAUUUGAAGUAAAUCGAACAAUUGUAAAUCUACUUGAAAGUCUUCCACAUACAGAAGCAAAGCCAAUGCUUAAAGCUAAAUGUGCUUUUUGUAAAUUAGAAGAUACAAUUACUGUUUGUGAACAUUGUCGAGAAGCCAUAUGUCGUAAAUGUCGUCGACAACAUUAUGAUGAUUUUUGUAAAUAUAUUAGUACAAAAUUACAUGAAACUCAACAAGAAACAGAAAAAUUAAUUGCUAAAGAAGCGGAGAAUAUAAAAAAUCAUGAAGAUAAUGUUCGUCGUUCAAAAGAUAUUGCUAAUGUUAUUCGUAAUAAAGUAACAGAUCUGAUUGAAAAAAUAAAACAAGAAGAAACGAAAUUACUUCAUAAUGUUCAAGAAUUUAGUAAUUCUGAACAAAGAUUAAUUGAUGAGAAAAAAAGUCGUCUUCAAGAUCUUUCAACAAUUAAUAAAUUCUGUUCUGUAUCACAAGAAAAAUUACACAGUAAAGAAGAAACAGAUCAAGAAGCAGUUGAUAUUCGACAAAAAUGUGAAGAUUAUGUACUUAGUAUUAAUGAUCUUCAAAGUCAAAUACUUGUUGUUAAAACACCUAUUCGUCGAAUCUCAUUUUUUAAUCGAGAUAUAUCACCCGAUGCUAUAUCAUUGGGUUUUGUUGAAAUUGGAAUGAUACUUGAACCUAUUGAGAGUGCUGUUCAACUUUCAUCUGCAUUUCCAUCAACAAUAACAUCAUCAACGGAUGUUGAUUUACAACAAUGUCCAAAACAACUUUUUCAUUGUUUAAGUGCAACAUUACAACAACAAAAUGAGAAUCCAAAUGGUCCAUCACCAUCUUAUCGUUCUAAUAUAUCAAUAUCUGAUAGUAAUGGAUGUUGUCGUCAACAACAACAACAACAACAGCACCAUCAUCAUCAUCGAAGAACACCACGUAUUAUUGGUAAACGAGGAACACGUGAUACAGAAUUUAUGCAUCCCUCAUCAUUAGCUUAUUCAAAACGAGAUCAACUUAUUUAUGUAUGUGAUACAUAUAAUAAUCGUCUUGUAACAUAUAAUAUGGAUGGUGUUUUUCAACAAGUUUAUACAGAUACGAAUGAAACAGGUGAAAUACGUUUCUAUCAUCCAUAUGCUGUUCAUAUUGAUUCUGAUAAUCGACUUUAUUUAAUUGAUCAAUCUGAACGACGAAUAAAAGUAUUUAAUCGAGAUUUUAAAUUAAUUCGUGUUAUUGGACAAUAUGGUCGAGAUGUUGGUCAAUAUUCAGCUCCAUGUGAUUUAUGUACAAAUCAACAAAAAUAUAUAUUUGUAUGUGAUGCUGGUGGUCAUCGAAUAUUAAAAUAUAAUGAACAAGGACAAUUUCUUCUUGCUUGGGGUGGUCUUGGUACUGAUAAUGGACAAUUUAAAUGUCCAGCAUGUGUAUGUGUAUUAAGUGGUGAUCGUCUAGCUGUAUCUGAUUGGGGCAAUGAUAGGAUACAAAUUUUUAAUAGUGAAGGCGAUCAUUUAUUAUCAAUUGGUCAACGUGGUAAACUUUUAUCAGAAUUUUCUCGUCCAUUAGGUCUUGCAUAUGAUGAAACAACAGAACGAUUAUUUGUUUGUGAUGAAGGAAAUAAUCGAGUGACAAUAUUCAAUCAUGAUUUUACUAUAACAGAACUUGUACAUACAAAAAUUGGAUUUCAUGGACCAUAUGAUAUCUUAUUACUUAAAGAUGGUCGAAUUAUGGUAUCUGAACACCGAGCACAUCGACUACAAAUUAUUUAA